AUGGACGACAAAAAAGCCUCUCAUCUAGACCGGCACGCUACAGGCAACUCAGCAAAUGAGAGAGCGGAGCGCCGUGCAGGGCGGAGUGAGCUGAGCCUCCAGUUUUCAGGUCGACAACAACAAAGCAACAACUCAUCCCUUCGCUGCGCGGAUAUCGGCGACAAUGGCUCUGUAAAUUCUCAACCGUUUGGACCGACAAAGAAGCCGUGCUUGCUUUCGCAACGCACCUUAAGUGCCCUACAAUUUUCCGCAAGAAUGGAGUCUCACAAUGCCUGCCCUAUCCUAUUGUCUGUGGCCCAUCUGUCAGACCCAGCUCACCUACUCCACGACAACCCCCUCGCUCUCUCUCACCCACAGGCUAACCUCAGCCAAUCACAGGGGUGCAGGGGGGAGGUGUCAGAGGAGACGCAGCACUUAAUUGGUGAUGGUCUCACGGACUGGAUGACAGAAGAAGUGGAUUUCUCCUCGUACCUCCCACACCCUCCUUCCCCUCCCUCCUCCACCAAUGCCUCCCUACCUCCUUCACCCCUUCACAAUGAUAUUCAGGUGCCUUCGGACCUGGAGGUCAUGACCUCUCUGCUGCAAGAAGAGCUCGCUCAGCUGGAGGACUACUUCCUGUCAGAACCACUGCCAGAAAAGGGGCCACGGCUGGGAAAAUGCGACAAGGGUCCGACGUCAACGGGUCCACAAGCGUUCAGUCAGCUGCCAUACUCAUCAUAUCCGACGUCCAGCCAAUCAGAGACCAGUCCACUACUUGUUACCCUGGCAACCGGUGAAUUGGACCUGCUGAGCAUCUGUGGCGGGCCCCUCGGACGAUCCAAAAUACCACGACAUGCCCCGUACAGCUGCAGUCGCCCCACUGGAAGCGGGAGAAAGCGGGUGGAUGGGCUGCGAUUCAGUGAAGGCUAUGACACAAGUCUGCUGAAUUCCAAAGGCAGUAACUCAGGGAGCUCCGCCGUCACUUUGACAGGAAGUUACAGCUGCACAGACGACGAACAACUUCUGGGGAAAAGCUACUGUCUGGGCAGUGCCGUCGAGGUCAGGCGAUGUCAGGUUCUACCAAAAGAAGAAAAGAACUGCUGUUUCAGUCAAGAUAUUUUAGGAACGGCAAAGAUUGUCAGUGGUGGAUAUGGUUUUGGUGGAUCAAUCGAAGUCCCACACAAAAAAGAAGAUCUGCUUAUGUACAGCAUGAGAGAAGUAAGCGGAGGAACCGGUAGCAGCGAAGUUCUAAACACCAUCAAGGCAAGUGUGGAAGUGACCAAAGCCACAGUGUCAUGGAAGAGUGAGGGCAGUGAGUGUUAUCUCCCCACUGCUCCGUCUGAGGCCUAUCACAGCUUUUUAGGCAACAUCAACGAGCAGGUCAAAGCAGAGGGCUUACAGAUGGGGCAGCACGAUCCGCACUGCGGCUUCCUUGAAGAGCAGAGCUCUGAGUGUUUCCUAAUGUCCAGAGAGAGUAUGAACCUGGAGGCGUCGGGGCACAGACAGGCGUGCAGGCUGAAGGAGGAUCACUGUCCAGUCAAAUAUGAGGUGGACCUCAUCCCAGUGGAAGGCGGGGAGCGCAAACAGAAGAAACGCGAUCAGAAUAAAACCGCUGCACACAGGUACAGGCAGAGAAAGAGAGCAGAGCUGGAUUCACUGGAGGAGCAGCUGCACUGUUUGGAGGGGAGGAACCGUGAGCUGCGGGACAAGGCUGAAUCUGUGGAGCGAGAGAUCCAAUAUGUCAAAGACCUGCUCAUCGAAGUUUACAAAGCACGCAGCCAGAGGCUCAAACAGGACACUACCGCCUAA